UGGGUUCAGAGUUCGUACUAGGGAUUUUGAUCAAAAUGUUGAGAUUGGAUUUGUUUAGCUGAUUCUUGCAUGCUUUUAUUGAUAGCCAAGAUGGAAAUAAAGACCUAAACUCAUUUGAUAAUCACUGUAAUGUUCUUAUAAAUAACCCUUUGGUCUUUCUGAAACUUCUUCAACUUUAAAAUUCUUAGUGAGUGUUUGCGUAACCGUUACAUUAAAAUAAACUCAAUUCAAUCUCAAUCGAACAAAAAGACUUACUUCUAGGUUUAGUGCAUAGGAAAGUGAGACUUUUUGUUUGAAGAAUCGGAAACGGUAAUCCAGACAACCAUUUAAUGAUGCUGGCUGGACCUUGAUUUGGUCUUUAGGGUAGGCUUAAAACUUAGAGUGAUAUAGCAAGAAUAAAAAGCAAAAUAGGAGGGUGUAGAAUGUGUUCAGUGAAUGUGAGAUUUACAACUGUUAUAGGUUGUAGUAUGGUGGUGGCAAGUUAUAUUUAUGUGGUCCUGUGCUGUUAAAACUGUUCUUAUCAGUAGAGAUAUGGAUAAUCUAUUUUUCCUUUUUGCAUAUGGAAUAUAGUAAUUUAAUCCCCUGUUAUCAAUUAUACACUUCUCGAUUUUUCUACUUUGUUUGUUUAUGAAAUGUCUCUUUCGUGUAUUUGAAAUCCAGAGCCCUAAUUACCAUCUCAUUGACUAACUUCACAUCAAUGUCCAUAUUUUCACUUCCCUUAAAAUGCCAAGGAUUGCAUCUUUGUAUUAAUGAUUAUCAGAUAUUUCUCAUGCCCUGACUGUACUUUGUUGCCUUUUCAUUCAUUAAUAGGUAAACUAUUCACAAGAGUCCAGUUUUCAAUUCCGAAGCAAAAAUCGCCAUUGAAAUUUUACAUACCUCAGUGUUUGGGAUUUACUUGUUGAUUUAAACAAGACUAGAUGACUGCGGAUGAAGUCGGAAGUAGCUCCGAGUGGAGCAAAGAACAGGAUAAAGCAUUUGAAAAUGCCUUGGCAAUUCAUCCUGAAGAUGCUUCUGACAGAUGGGAGAAGAUUGCGGCUGAUGUACCAGGGAAAACCUUGGAAGAGAUUAAGCACCACUACAAGCUCUUGGUUGAAGAUGUUAAUCAGAUUGAAUCUGGUUGCGUACCUUUGCCAUCUUAUAAUUAUCCUUCAGAGGGCUCAGCAAGCCAUGCUAGUGAUGAAGGAGCUGGCAAGAAGGGAGGCAGUUCAUGGAAUAGUAACAACGAAUCGAGUCAUGGAAAUAAGGCUUCAAGAUCAGAUCAGGAACGACGAAAGGGUAUUGCAUGGACAGAGGAUGAACACAGGUUAUUUCUUCUUGGCUUGGAAAAAUAUGGAAAAGGUGACUGGCGAAGCAUAUCAAGGAACUUUGUAGUGACAAGAACACCUACACAAGUUGCAAGCCAUGCCCAAAAGUACUUCAUUCGGUUGAACUCGAUGAAUAAAGAUAGAAGGCGAUCCAGCAUAAAUGAUAUCACCAGUGUCAACAAUGGUGAUGUUUCAGCACCUCAAGGACCAAUUACUGGCCAAACAAAUGGUUCUGCAGCAAAUUCUGGAAAACCAACGAAACCAGCCCCUCCAACCCCAAGUGCUGCCCCAAGUGUAGGAAUAUACGCUGCUCCUACCAUUGGACAACCUAUAGGAGGACCUCUUGUAUCUGCAGUUGGCACCCCAGUGAACCUUCCUGCCCCAGCACACAUGGCAUACGGUCUUGGUGCCCCGGUUCCUGGGACAGUUGUUCCUGGAGCCCCAAUGAACUUGGGUCCUGUGCCAUACCCCAUGCCACACACAUCUGCUCAUAGAUGAAGGUCUGUUCAGAGGUCUAAUGUACAAAAAAAGACACAGAAGAUGGCUUCUGAACAUAAUGUAAGGAUUUGUUUGGAUAAAUUUCUCCUUUAAGUAGCUUUAGGAGGAAAAGAAUGAGAGGGAAAAAUGAAAUAUUAUUUUCUUUGUCUAGAAGUGUUCAUGGAGAAGUUUAUCCAAGUAUGUCCUAAUUCUUUUCCUUUUCCAUAAGUUGCUUAUGUGCGAGGUUUAUGUCCGAUCAAUUAUUUCAAAUAAGCGAUACUUAGAUAGAAGCAUUAGAAUGUGUCUGCAUCGGUUGCCAUGGAUGGAAUAUCUGGCACCCUUGGAAUACGACAGCAUGAAAGUAAGGUUGUUUUGUAGACCUUGAAAUAGUUUUAGUUAGUCGUAUAAAGUGGUGCAUGCUGUAGAGAAAGGUUCUGUGUCUUUUAAUUGUUUUUGUUGUAUUUUGACUUUGUUUCUGAUUUUCAGUAGGAUCUAAAUUUCCCAUCUACCUUCACUUGUUAGCAGGUUAGUUCCAUUACAGCAUUUAUGUGAUGUACAAAAAGAAUAGUUGUAUUAAUUAUGUCUACUAAAGUCAAACGAAAUUCUUUACUAGGAA